UAUUGGUCACGUCUACUUACUGUCUUGUUCACAAUAGUUAGCAAAGUACAUUUUUUACAUUAAAAAAAUGAGCAUUAAAAAAAGCAUUGGAUUUAUAUUGAGCUUUUAUAUCACUUUGUCAUCUGCCAUGUUCUUUCACAUGGGGGAAAAAGAAGAGAAAUGUAUAAUAGAAGACAUUCCAUCUGACACCAUUGUUACAGGGUAUUUUAAAAUGGAGCUCUGGGAUGUCAGCAAACAGGGUUUUCAGAACUCUGCUCCUAACCUUGGUAUGACAGUGACUGUGCGACACCCAGAUAGUGAGAUUUUGAUGACAAAAAAAUAUGACCUGGAAGGCAAAUUCACAUUUACGUCAGAAUCUUCCGGCCAACACUUUGUCUGUUUAGAGUCCAACUCUCCCAGGCUUGCGGUUUUUGCUGGGGACAAACUGCGAGUUCACUUGGACAUUCAAGUGGGAGAACACCCUGUAGACGAGUCAGCUGCUCAGGCUCAAGACACAGUCAAAGACGUGAAGUACACAAUGAUACACCUGACUGAGCAGGUAAAGCACAUCAACAGUCAGCAGAACUACCAGAGGGAACGUGAAGAGACUUUCCGACAAACAAGCCAGGAUACCAAUGCCAAUGUUUUCUGGUGGGCCAUUGUACAGUCCAUUAUGCUUAUCACAGUGGGAAUCUGGCAAAUGAAGCAAAUGAAAGACUUCCUUAUAGAAAAAAAACUAGUAUAACAGUGAGAAAUAACUGCACUGCAGAUAGCAAAUGCUUUGUAAUUUUCUCCUUACAGAAAAACAAAAGAGUUUUUAUUAAAUACACUGUGUUACUUACUGUCACGUUACCCAAGUAUCACUGACUAAACUUCUCAAUUUACUCUCUCCUGUCUCUGACUCUACUUUUUGCACAACCUGAAGUUGAGACCUUUAUGUUAACACCUAAUGAAUUUCCUACAGUACAGUAAAAAGUUAAAGAACAAUAAACCAUUCCUGUAUUUUUUUUGUUGGCAAACUAAAACACAAAUAUCCUCCAUUGUCGAUCACAGCUCAAAAGCCCAUCAGCGGCCGCAGUUUAAAUAAGACACGAGACGGGUCAUGUCUUAAUUAACAAGUGUAUUUUAGUGUAUAAAGUGGGCACAUCAGUGCUUUGCAAAUUUUUGAAAAUAAGACGCUAUCUAGAAAAUAGAACUAAUUACGGACUUCAGUUGCUUAACAAGCUGUAAUGCGAGUGCAUUUUCAUAAAGCACACAUGCUGAAAUGCCGUUGUGCAACUGACUUACAGGACUUUUAAAAAUAGUUUGCCACCUAUCUGGUGUCGCAAAGGUGUGUUGCGACCUGUUUUUCACUUUGCUCCUUCUGAAAAUCAGGCCCUUUGUAUCAAAUAUAAACCAAUGAACAUAACUGCUUGUGAUGGGGUACUGUGUUUUGUAUUUGUAUUUGUUGUAUUAUUAUUAUUCAAAUGUACUGUUUUGUGUUUAUUUUAAAACACGCCGUUUUAUUGUUGUUAUUGUUUACAGCUUGGAUGGGGUUAAAAUGCCACAAUAUAAAAGACUUGCAGCUUUGGCUGAACGGGGUUAGUGUGUUCAGAGGUGGAACGAGAUGCGAGUGAAAGAGAAACUAAAGAAAUCAUAAACAAUUGCUACUUGUGCUAGCUUCACACCAGCACGA